AUGACGGCCACUUUACUUAGCUCAAUAACAAAGAGUGGUGUAAAGGGUACGAUGCGGUGGAUGGCACCAGAACUAUUUGAUUACGACGAUGGUCCUACUUCCAUUCAUGAUGGUAUUCAUAAUAACCCUAAUCUCGAGAACUUGAAGCCAACAAGGGACAUCUACGCCUAUGCCUGUACAGUUUACGAGAUCUUAGCUGGGAAACUUCCGUUCGCAAAUCUUUCCGAUGUGCAGGUAAUGUUCAGCGUUCUCGCUGGUAGGCGACCUGAACGACCGACCUUCGUUAAUUGGUGCCCCCAAUAA